AAUAUUGGAUGUGAUCUAAAACUUCAUCCAGGAUAAGAAAAAAAGAAAAAUAGAAAAAUAUUAAAUUAAAUAUUUGAAAGAAAAUUAAAAAUAGAAAAUAAAAACCAAAAAGGUGCAUUUAAACGGCACAAUCUGAGGAACCAGAGAAACCAAAGCAAGAAAAUAGAAAACAAAGGAAAGACAUCGCUCCCUUCUUUGGCUCUUACUCCCCAUAGCCGCCGACAUAGCAACGCAUCGCGGUGGAAGUUCGGCGGCGCUGAUUCAUUCAACGGAGGAGAUCUCUAAUCGGAGACGAAUGAUUCAUCACCAGCUUCCUUUUCAUUUUUGAGAUUUAACUCACACUAUUCUGUUUAUACUACUGGGAGUAGGUGGUGUUUCUUUCUUUCUUAAAUUUCAAAAUCGUCUUCAGCAGGCAUACAAGAUGAUCGGAUCUUUUAUAACCAGGGGACUUGUAAUGGUUCUUGGGUAUGCUUAUCCAGCUUAUGAGUGCUACAAAACUGUUGAAAAGAACAAACCAGAGAUUGAACAACUUCUCUUUUGGUGCCAGUACUGGAUUCUGGUCGCAUUUUUGACAGUGUGUGAGAGAGUCGGGGAUGCGUUUAUUUCGUGGGUUCCAAUGUAUAGUGAAGUGAAAUUGCUGUUCUUCAUAUACCUGUGGCAUCCUAGAAUGAAGGGAACUAGUUAUGUGUACGAUUCCUUCUUUAGACCAUAUCUUGCAAAGCACGAGAAUGAAAUUGACCGGAACUUGUUGGAACUAAGGACCAGGGCAGGAGAUAUUGUAGUUUUGUACUGGCAAAGAGCUGCAAGCUACGGCCAAACAAGGAUUUUCGAUGUACUGCAAUAUGUUGCCGCACAAUCAACACCAAGGCCACGUCCUCCCCAGCAACAAGGCGGUAGGGCACGUCCUCCUCCUCGCCAAAACUCUGGUGGUUCAAAUCGUCCACCAGCUACGGCACCAACACCGGAAGAGCCACCAUCUCCUACAUCUAGUACAUCUUCAAGUCAAUACCAAAAGGAUAUUGCAGAAGAGUUGGCUUCUUCGGAAGUUCCUAAAGCUGCCUCCCAAGCAGCAAGUACAAGUACUCAAAGUCAAUCGGCAGGUCCAAAUAAUAAAAGUCUUAACGCAGUUUCAAUUGCAAAAAAUCAAGCAGCAGUUCCAAGUGCCAGAACUCAAGUGGCACUUCCAAAUACUCAAAAGCCAACAACAGUGCCAAUUACUCAAAAAUCAACAGCUGCACCUGAAAAACCAAGCCAGUCUGCACCAGCUGAUAUGGAAGCAAUGCAGAUUGAGCCAGAGGCGUCUUCUUCAGAAACUGAAAAUGGAAACAACCCUCCCGCAAAAGAGACGGUCAUGGAAGAUGCAAUUCGGGUCACACGUGGUAGGUUGAGGAAAACUCGAUCUACAACAGGUCGUUGAUGUGGUUAUGUUCCCAAUUUUAGUCACAAAAAGCUAGCAUUAGGUGAACGAAUGAUAAUGGGCAUGUAAUUUGCUAUAAACGUUGUUGUAUAUUUGAUGUCAUCUAGUUUCAAUGAUAAUUGUUGCUUUAUUUUUUUCUAAAA